GCCUGCCUGUGUCUGGGAGAGGCGUCCAGGGCUGCAGGCCCCUCCCCAGGAGCAGGGGUGGCCAGCGGUCAGGUAUGCCUGUGUAGCAGGAGUCUCACUGCGUCGUCGUGAUGUUUUUCAGCAACAGAUCUGACACUCUGCCUCUGGCCACUCGGUACAACGUCAAGUGCGUGGGGCUGUCCCCGGACGGCCGCCUGGCCAUCAUCGUCGAUGAAGGGGGCGACGCGCUGCUGGUCAGCCUGGUGGGCAGGGCCGUGCUGCAUCGCUUCCACUUCCAGGGCUCCGUGCACAGCGUCUCCUUCUCCCCAGACGGCAGGAAGUUUGUGGUCACCAAGGGCAACCUGGCCCAGAUGUACCACGCCCCCGGGAGGAGGCGGGAGUUCAACGCCUUCGUCCUGGACAAGACCUACUUCGGGCCGUACGACGAGACCACCUGCGUCGACUGGACGGACGACUCCCGGUGCUUCGCCGUCGGGAGCAAGGACACGUCCACCUGGGUGUUCGGGGCCGAGCGCUGGGACAACCUCAUCUACUAUGCCCUGGGGGGACACAAGGACGCCAUCGUGGGCUGCUUCUUCGAGUCUGACAGCCUGGACCUGUACACGCUCAGCCGGGACGGAGCCCUGUGUGUGUGGCAGUGCGACACGCCGAGCGCCGCGCCGGCCCCAGAGGAGCAGCAGGGGAAAGUGAAGUACUCGCGGCUGGCCAAGCACUUUCUCAACAAAGAGGGGGACUUCACCGGCCUGACCGCCGCCGCCUACCACAGGGGCUCCCACCUCCUGGUCACGGGCUUCGCGUCCGGGGUCUUCCACCUGCACGAGCUGCCGGACUUCAGCCUCAUCCACUCCCUGAGCAUCUCCGACCAGAGCGUCUCCGCCGUGGCCAUCAACGGCUCCGGGGACUGGGUCGCCCUCGGCUGCUCAGGCCUGGGCCAGCUGCUGGUGUGGGAGUGGCAGAGCGAGUCGUACGUGUUCAAGCAGCAAGGCCACUUCGACAGCAUGGUGGCCCUGGCCUACUCCCCCGACGGCCAGUACAUCGUGACCGGCGGGGACGACGGCAAGGUCAAGGUGUGGAGCACCCUCAGCGGCUUCUGCUUCGUCACCUUCACGGAGCACUCGAGCGGGGUCACCGGCGUGGCCUUCGCUGGCACCGGCUACGUCGUCGUCACCUCCUCCGUGGACGGGACCGUGCGUGCCUUCGACCUUCACAGGUACCGGAACUUCCGCACCCUCACGUCGCCCCGCCCCACCCAGUUCUCCUGUGUGGCCGUGGACGCGAGCGGCGAGAUCGUCUCAGCCGGGGCCCAGGACUCCUUCGAGGUCUUCGUCUGGUCCAUGCAGACGGGCCGGCUCCUGGACGUCCUGUCCGGUCACGAGGGGCCCAUCAGCGGUCUGUGCUUCAACCCGACGAGGUCGGUCCUAGCCAGCGCCUCCUGGGACAGGACGGUGCGCCUGUGGGACCUGGUGGACAGCUGGAGAACCACCGAGACACUGGCCCUGACCUCGGACGCACUGGCCGUGACCUUUCGCCCUGACGGUGCGGAGCUGGCGGUGGCUACGCUGAACGCCCAGAUCACCUUCUGGGACCCCGAGAACGCCGCGCAGACGGGCUCCAUCGAGGGCAGGCACGACCUCAAGGCCGGCAGGAAGGAGCUGGACAAGAUCACCGCCAAGCGCUCGGCCAAGGGCAGGUGCGUGUCUGGGCCGCCCGGCCAGCAGGGGCCUGCGCGAGCCGAGCCCGGCAUCUUGGCGACGGGGCACGGACGCUCGCCGGCCCUGACCGCUCUUACAGGCCGCUCCUGGGCGGCCACCACCACCGAGGGGCUCCUCAUCUACUCCCUGGACACCCGGCUGCUGUUCGACCCCUUCGAGCUGGACACGAGCAUCACCCCUGCCGGGAUCCGGGCGGCGCUGCGCCAGCGGGACUUCACCCGGGCGCUGCUCAUGGCCGCGCGGCUCAACGAGCAGGCGCUGCUGCAGGAGGCGCUGGAGGCGGUGCCCUGGGGCGAGAUUGAGGUGGUCAGCUCCUCCCUGCCCGAGGUGUACGUGGAGAAGGUGCUGGGGUUCUUGGCUUCCAGCCUGGAAGCGUCGCGCCACCUGGAAUUCUACCUCCUCUGGACUCAGAAGCUGCUGCUGUCGCACGGGCAGAGGGUGGUGGGGCGCAGGCCGGGCGGCCCGGGGACCCCCACCCCUGACGCACCUGUGCCCCGCAGCUGCGACUGGAACCGCUACAGCCUGCAGUAUGCGCUGGCCCUGUCCCGGCAGCGGGGCGUGAAGCGGCCCCCCGAGCCCCGGGACGGCGAGGCCGCCGGAGCGGAGGACAGCGAGGAGGAUGCCGACAGCCUGCACCUGCUGGGGUAGAGCUGCCGCCUGCUGCAGCUGGCCGGACACUGCAGAGGGGACUGGGCCGGGCGCAGGCGCGGCCUGCAGGCCGGACAGGAGGCGGCGGAACCGCGGACUUGCACUUCUGCCCGCCCGCUGGAGGGGCCGCGCCGCCCAGAGUAAAGGCUGAGCCCGGCUGGA